AACUGCACCGAUUAGUAUAAUAAUACAAAUAAAAAAGUGUUCAUCAGACCAGCAGACUCGUAGAAUCCACUGUUAUGUCGUUGUCAACUACCAAUUCACAUAAUAUUUCAAACAGUCAAGGAACAGAAGGAACUUACAAUGUCAACUACGGUUAUUUAUUGCCGCUGAACAUGGGGCACGCGUAUAGUACCAAUAAUUUUUCCAAAAGAAAACAAAAUCGAAGCAUUCGGCGUUCGACAUCAACAACGUCAUCUGCAUUAGCGUUGCUGGCUUUUCUAUUUUUUUUGAACAUACUACAGAGAUCGUUGGAUGACAAUAAACAAGGACCAGUGUUGAUGACGCGCAUAACAAAGCAGGCAGUAAUACGACCGCGCAAUGAUUUCAUUGAAGACAAACAAACAUUUACUCAUGAUAAUGUUAUGGUUACAAAAUUUGAAAACAUUUAUAAUAAGUAGGUAUUUUAAAUAAAAAUUAUAUUAAUGGAAUGAAAUUGUGUAU